AUGCGAUUCACUCCCCUCCUCGUUGCGACUGUGUUUGGCAUUGUCGUGUCGACCGCCGCCAAGAAUCCCAUAAACCCCGCCAUGGCCCCACCUCUUCCAACCCAGUAAGCGGUACCCUUGGGAUCCCACGUUUUCUGAAGUCCUACGAGCUUUCCCACUCACACCUUAUCCUCGGCACAGAAACCUCGAGAAGCUGGCAAGGAACUGUUCGUGAGUGUGGAGUUGACUAGCCGGGGCAUAGCUCAUCCCCACGUUUCGCUCACCCCAAUGAUGCCUCACGUUGAAUUAUAGAGCAUGCGACGAUCGCUGCAAGGGAAAACCCGCGAAAUCAUCUCAGACCGACGUGUAUGUUUCGCCCUGUCCUGCAUGCGAGUGUCUCAGCCUGACACGAGCAACCUCGCUAACCUCCGGCUGACCUCUACCCUCUCCUCGACCUCGCUUGAACUAGCCUGACGAGGGCAGCUUGCUUGAGCAAGUGCCUCACUGAUGGUACUUUGCCCCACGAUCAAUGUCCCAUCCAGGCGGAGUAUAACGAAUGCCUCGACAAGAACAGCCAAAAGCAGUUGAGUUAG